GCUGCUCGAGACUCUGUUUUUAAUUGUUAGAUAAACAAUGUCGUUAAAGAGUUAAUCAGCAAUUAGUAUCAAUUUAUUGAAAGACGCUAAUAACGUUUGGAAUUUCACAAACGCGGGUGCAGUUAAGCUUUUUGGCUAAAAUCCAAGCCCGAACGAAGUUUGCAAAAUUAACUUUUGUUCAAAAGCUGCUUUGGAAAAUAAUUAAUUUUCGUCAUUAUGUUGUUCUGGCGGCUAUAUUUAUUUAUAGCAACAGUGCUGCUAACAAAAACGAUCAGGCUGACAGAGGCGCAGGCGGGUGUUGGUCUUUCGGUAAUAAAUCAUGACUUGACUGUUUUGGUAAAUGCCAAUGAAAGCUUUGAGAUUCAGUCUGGCACAAUUUUCGACUAUGAUGUCAGCGUUACUUUGCUAAAUCCACAUGAAGAAAUGAUUGAUUUGCAUCCGGAGAGCUUUACUUAUCCCAAGCAAGUUCAAGGUCAGACUCAAAGAAUUGUUGUCACAGGUCGCAAAGCGGGACAUGUGGUGAUUACAGCGCGCAGCACGCCGGCAGAGAGUUGGAUCACGGACUCACUUUUCAUGCGUAUCGUCGUCGCCAAGUCGAGAUCCAUAAUCUAUGCAUCUUUAGUUUUUGGUUGGAUUUAUUUUGUUGCCUGGUCGGUUUCAUUUUAUCCACAAAUCUACGAAAACUUUAGACGCAAAUCUGUUGAGGGCUUAAACUUUGAUUUCAUAGCUCUCAAUCUGUUUGGCUUUACGCUAUACAGCUUGUUUAAUUGUGGUCUAUACUUUAAUGAGGGAAUACAAGAUGAAUAUGCUAAGCGCCAUCCUCGUGGCAUUAAUCCUGUCAUGCUUAACGAUGUCUUCUUUGGUCUGCACGCCAUUUUUGCCACCAGCAUUACCAUAGCCCAAUGUUUCUUUUAUCACCGUGCUAAUCAACGUAUUUCAAAAGUCGCCUAUGGCUUACUAACACUUUUUGCUGUAUUUGUGAUUAUAUCAGCUGGUUUGGCAGGCGGUUCGGUUAUACACUGGCUGGACUUCUUAUAUUACUGCAGCUAUGUCAAGCUUGCGAUUACCAUCAUCAAAUAUAUACCACAAGCCAUCAUGAACUAUAGAAGAAAAAGUACUGCGGGCUGGAGCAUUGGCAACAUUCUACUUGAUUUUACUGGCGGCACUUUGAGCAUGUUGCAAAUGUUAUUAAACGCACACAAUUAUGAUGAUUGGGAAUCCAUAUUUGGUGAUCCUACUAAGUUUGGUCUGGGACUGUUCUCAGUGCUGUUCGACAUAUUCUUUAUGCUGCAGCAUUAUGUAUUUUAUCGACAUGCUGCAGACACUGCUAGAAGCAAUCAAACAAUCGAUACAGAGAUUCCUAAUAACGAGAAAGAGACUGCAGAAAAAUAUUGAAUUUAUUUAUAACAAUUCUUAGCUUUAUAAUAUUUUUA